CUUAAUAAUCAUAGUUUUCUAAUUUUAAUUGUUGACAUACUAUUGUUACGGAUUGCUGAAUGAACUUUAAUUUGACAGUAAUCGAUAGCAACCAAUCAACACUGAAGUCUAAUCGAAGCGAAAAAUAAAAUAGAAAAGAAGUGUUCUCUAAAAUCUACAGCUGUAUGAAUUAUUAGUGCCAAUUGCCAUGAAUUGAAUUGAAAGCACACAGUAAGCAGUAGUUAUGUCGCUCAGACCGACGCAAGUUAAUUUUGAUGAGACGUGGGCCGGCCUCUCGAAGACGGUGCAGGCCGUGCUGACGCUCCGGCCCGUGGCCCGGGCAGAAUGGAACGGCCGCUUCUCUGACGUGUACAGUCUGUGUGUUGCUCAGCCUGAACCACUCGCCGAUCGGCUCUAUAGGGAACUGAAGGAGCUGUUGCAGAAACAUGUCUCUGCACUGAGGCGUAAGUUGGCGAAACUUCCUGAUAGAGAGCUGUUGCAACAGUACCACCAGGCAUGGGAAUUUUACAAUACGGGCGUGAGUUACUUAAACCAGCUGUUUCGAUACCUGAACCAGCAACAUAUCCAGAAGAGGCGUGCAGUUGAGCCGGAUCUCAUGUAUUCCUCUGAUGCCGACCUCACACAGCUGGAGUGUCCGCUGGAGGUCGGCGAGUUGGCAAUGGAACUGUGGCGCCGAGAGAUGAUAAUAUCCACGGAGUCGCGCCUCAUCCCACAGUUGCUGGCAGCGUACGCGGCCGACCGUGACGGCGAUAGCCGCAAUUCCGACGCACUGGCGGCAGCAGUGCGCUCUCUGGUCGCUGUAGAACAGUUUGCCCCUGCCUCGAAUCGCGAUUCGUUGCACCUCUAUAGGACCAUCUUUGAGAAAAGGCUGUUGGAGGCAAGUGCCCAAGUCUACCGGCAGAGGGCCGCCAAGCUCCUGCAGCACGGGGACGCAGCACACUACGUGAAGGCCGUCUCCGCCUUCCUCAGGGAGGAGACGGAACGAGCGCGCCGCCUCCUGCACCAGACAUCCGUGUCGCGUUUCCGCCAGCGCUGCGAGCAGCACCUCGUUUCGGAUCACCUGCAGUUUCUUCAGGAAGAAUGCCAAAGGGCGACUCGAGCAGAAGACAGAGUUGCGCUGGGAUCUGCGUACCCACUGCUGAGGGGCGUACCUGCCGGUGCUGUCGUCAUGAGGGAGGAGCUAGAGAAGCUCGUCAAGGAACGUGGGCUCAACGAGGUGUGGCCCGCCUCGGGUCAAGCACCAGCACCUGCUGACUUUGUGAGUAACGUGCUGAAUAUCUUGGAGCGGUACCACGACCUGGUGAUUGAUGCUUUCCUGGGUGACAGCUCGUUUACUGCCGCCCUGGAUCGAGCCGUGUCACGUGUCGUCAACCACCGCCUGCAGCCUAACACCCCCUGUCCCGCUCCAGAGAUUUUGGCACGACACUGCGAUACGUUACUCCGCCGGACGGGUAAUACGGUGGACUCUGAGUUAGACGAACAGCUGGCCCGUGCAGUAGCCGUCUUCAAGUAUCUCGAUGACAAGGACGUCUUCCAGAAGUUCUACGCGCGCAUGCUGGCCAAGAGGCUCAUCUUUCAGCACAGCUUGUCAAUGGAGGCAGAGGAGGCGAUGAUUGGCAGGCUGAAGCAGUGCUGUGGGUGUGAAUUUACCAGCAAGUUUCACCGAAUGUUUUUGGACGUCUCCGUGUCGAGUGAUCUGAAUCGGAAGUUCGAAGAUGCAAUACCGCCAGCACCUGGUUCUGCAUCCUUUUCAGUGCAGGUGUUGCAGGCAGGGGCCUGGCCGCUGAACCCGGCUCCCAUCUCGCCAUUUGCUCCACCGGAAGAUCUGCAGAAGCGACUGCAGUCCUUCGAGAGCUUCUACCGCCACUUGUUCAACGGAAGGAAGUUGACCUGGCUGUACCACCUGUGCCAGGGAGAAGUGCGCCUGGGCUACCUCAAAAAGCCAUAUGUUGUAACAAUGCAGGCAUUUCAGUUAGCUCUGCUGCUGAUGUUUGAACGAUCGGAUAGAAUCGUCUGUCGUGAAGCGUGUGAUGCAUUGGAACUCAACGAAGAUCAGUUCCGUCGCCACUGUAUAAGCUUGUUAGAGUCCCGCAUAAUCUUGCUCGAAGGAGCGAAAGAUGUCGACGGUGAGGGUGCCAUCUUCCGGCUGAACACCGACUUUUCUAACAAGCGCAUCAAGUUCCGUCUCGGUGCACCAACACAGAGAGAUCCCCCCGAGGAGACGAAGCAAACACUGUCGUCGGUAGACGAAGAUCGUAAGAUGUACCUGCAGGCGGCGAUCGUGCGAGUGAUGAAGAGCCGCAAGGUGCUGCGCCACACCGCUCUGGUCCAGGAGGUGUUGUCGCAGUCGAGCGCGGCGGCAUUUGCGCCCUCCAUCAGCCUCAUCAAGACCUGCAUCGAGGCGCUCAUCGACAAACAGUACCUCGAACGCUCGCCUCGUGCUCCUGACGAGUACAGCUACGUAGCCUAACUGCUAUAGAUAUUUGUUACAGUUAUUUUAUUUUUAGAUUACCAUUGUGGCAUCAGUCGUUAUUGGUAUC